CGUCGUUUCGCCUGCCAGUGGGUCAUCAUUGCGCCGCCUGACGCGGCGCAACCUGAAGAGGCCACGUCGCUCCUUUCAGCCCUCCUCUUCUUAUAUAAAGGGCUCCAACCCCCUUCUCUUCUCACUUUUCGCACUUCGCCUUCCAGAGCUUUCACCGGUCAAGUUCCUUCUCGUUCGCUAUCCAGCCCUCCGAGUCAAGUAAGUUUCCCCUUCCUUCUCUACUUUCUUUCCUGGUCAUGUCUUCUUUUAGCGAUAGGAUUUCAUCCUCAGAGGACCGCUCCUUUGAGGACUCCAACUCCUCCUCCUCGACCGGGUCUUCUUCUCUUGACUCCACGCCCGGUCAGGUUCCCAACUCCUCUAUUCUCGACCCGCAACCUGUUAAUCAGAUGCCCGGUGAAGUUUUCAUGGGGAGGGACGAGCCGGUUGAUGACGAACCGGGUCCCUAUGACCCUGAAAACGAAACCCGGGAUGCGUGGGAGGAGCGGCUCCAUGCCGCCGGUUACUUUCCGCUCCCCACCUUCUAUGUCCUCGACAUUCCUUCCCAUGUAUCCGAAAUUGCUUUGAACAAAAUCCGUAGGAGGCUCCCGGAUGGGUACACACUUCUGUAUGAACAUAAUUGGCCCAACAUUGUUGAACCCCACUGGGUGGAUAGGAUAGGGUUCCACACGAUUUCCCUAGAUGCGGGCAUCAUUUUUCCCCUUCGCCCCCUCCUAACUGAAGUAUGCCAUGCGUUUAGGAUUUUACCCGGCCAGAUAACUCCUAACGCCCACCGGUAUCUUCAUUCCUUUGUAAAUAUUUCCUCUCACCUGAAAAUUGAUCCCUCCUUGCGUCUUUUUCUCUUUUGCUUUGAAGUCCUACCAGGCGGAUCUGGCUGCGAAGGUUUUGUAUUCUUCAAAGCCCGUACCAGUAGGAAGUUCAUUUCCGAAGUCCCCCAGAGUAACCGGGGAUGGAAGGAAAAGUUUGUUUUCAUUGAGUUUCCCCCCUUCGUCACUCCUUUUGCCGGUCUAAAAUGGAAUGACCAUCUUCUCGAUCAAGAGCACGCUGCACCGGCUUCCUCUCCUGACUUGGUAGCAAGUCUUGAAAUCCUUAUGCGCGGCGAUCCAUACACCGGGAGGGUCUUCCACUAUGGGAGCUGGGUUUGGCGGGUUGAAUCGGGUGGUGAGGGUACCUCCCAAGCCCAUGAAGCAGCGGGGCGCGGGGUACCCUCCCCGGGUAACACUGCAGAGGCUGAGGGCCAAAACCACCCAGAUAUGGAGUUCGAAGAGUUCGCCAUCCCCGACGACCAACCAGCGGGAGACACCGGGGGCUCCCAAGCCAACCCUGCCAGAACCUUCCCGGUCCACCAAGAGACCGUGGAGAUUUUGGAUGAGGACGAACCCCAAGACAACCUGUCUAAGGGGAAGGAAAACGAGAAGACCGGUCGCCGGACCAAGAAGGUGGCCACCAACCAUCCCUCUGCCAUGAACAAGAGGCAGAGGACAGACUCCGGCGCGGCCUACCAGACUGUGGAGGAGGCCUACAUUAUCCUUGGUCUGCGGAUGAGGGAGGUUGGGGAGAUUGGGCCCAUCACCGCCGACCGGUUGGGAAUGGACUCUCCAACCGAGGUGGCCAGGCUGAAGAAGAAGAACGAAGAGCUUGCCCUCCUCCUCAAGAGAGGAGAACGGCCAACUGCUGGACGAGGUCUCCAAGACAAAAAGGGAGAUGGCGGAGAAGGAAGAAAACUUCCCUGGCGCGCAGCUGCUUGGGUUGAGGAAAACAAGGUCGAAGCUGCCCGGGUGAUGACGGCGAGCCCAGAAGCGACCAUGGAAUCCUUCAGGCUUCUGUACCGGGAGCCUGAAGGAAAGAAGAUGAUAACCGCGAUUGGGUCCUUCGGAUUCAAAAGCGGCCAAAAGAAAUACCGUGCAGCCUCCCACCGGAUCCUCCUGAAGAGAGACCCGGCCUUCACCGCGGCUUCCUACGGCCUGGCUCCCAUCCCGGAGGAAAAGCCAACUCCCCCUUUCCCCCUAGAUUAGGAUCUCCCCGGCUGUGCCCGGUUAUUUUUGUAAAACUUGAAACCUUAUCAAUUUCCCCGGGUAUGCCCGGUGUAUCUGUAAACAUUUAACAUGCUCGUUCCGUUUGAAUGCCAUGUUUAAUUUCCUUACCGGUUAAUCUUCCAUAUCUGCUUGCUUGUUGAUUUAUACUUUGCUCUUGCUUCUUAUAAAUUCUGACCGGUAAAUAAAUCAGACCACUUCUC